AUCUCAGUCGGGCCAUGCAAGUGAUGCCAACUUGACAUCGAAAAACCGACGGCUAUUCGAUUCAUACAAUGUGUCGAAACAGUGACGCUUUAGAAUUCUUGUCUCGAUAAUUUUUGUGAAUUUUUCAUAAUUUUGCCGCUAUUUUCAACACAAAUUGGAUUUAAUCGAAGGUGGAAAACGAUAGAGGAACUGACCAUCUCUCAUCUCAGUAGUAGUUUAAGUGGCAGUACAAAAAAAAACUGCAUACAUUCAGUGUAUCUUCUGUCAAUUUUGAUUUUCACACAAAACAGGCGAAUCGAACAAAAGUAAAAAACGAGAAAAACAGUUACACAGUGUGUCAUUGUGAGUGGCGGCAAAGACCAUCCGCGUGAUUCUCAUUUUUUGUGCGUUUAUUUUUUUAUUUUUUUGUUGUUGUUGUUAUUGUUGUUGAGGACCGAGACAAAUUAAUUCACAAAAAAAUAUCGUACCAAAAUGGCUAUGAGUGACUCCAAGGCAACGUUGCGCACGGUGAAGCGUGUGCAAUUCGGUAUUCUAUCACCCGAUGAAAUCCGUCGUAUGUCAGUUACGGAAGGUGGAAUUCAGUAUCCCGAGACGAUGGAAGGUGGUCGACCAAAGCUUGGCGGUUUAAUGGAUCCGCGUCAAGGUGUGAUCGAACGUACAUCCCGAUGUCAAACUUGUGCCGGCAAUAUGACUGAAUGUCCCGGCCACUUUGGUCACAUUGAAUUAUGCAAACCCGUUUACCACGUCGGCUUCUUGACAAAAACCAUGAAAAUUCUGCGCUGCGUGUGCUUCUACUGUUCGAAAAUGCUGGUUAGCUCAACGAAUCCGAAAAUCAAAGAAGUUGUUAUGAAAACAAAAGGACAACCACGUAAACGUUUGACAUAUGUGUAUGAUUUGUGUAAAGGUAAAAAGAUUUGUGAGGGUGGUGAAGAUAUGGAUUUGGCAAAAGACGCUGCCCAAGCUGAUCCAACAAAGAAACAAGGUCAUGGCGGUUGCGGUCAUUAUCAACCGUCAAUUAAACGAAGCGGAUUGGAAUUAACCGCCGAAUGGAAAAAUGUCAAUGAAAAUUCACAGGAGAAAAAGAUUGUGGUGACAGCCGAACGGGUGUGGGAAAUUUUCAAGCAUAUCACCGACGAAGAAUGUUACAUACUUGGUAUGGAUCCGAAAUAUGCGCGGCCCGAUUGGAUGAUUGUCACCGUGAUGCCGGUGCCACCGUUGUCGGUACGACCAGCCGUUGUUAUGUUCGGUUCGGCUAAAAAUCAAGACGAUUUAACGCACAAACUGGCCGACAUUAUCAAAGCAAACAAUGAACUGAAAAAGAACGAAGCGAUUGGUGCGGCCGCCCAUGUUAUCGCCGAAAAUAUUAAAAUGCUACAAUUUCAUGUGGCCACAUUCACAGACAAUGAUAUGCCCGGUAUGCCGCGUGCAACACAAAAAUCCGGCAAACCAUUAAAAGCGGUCAAGGCUCGGCUCAAAGGUAAAGAAGGUCGUAUUCGUGGUAAUUUGAUGGGAAAACGUGUCGAUUUCUCCGCACGUACGGUCAUCACACCUGAUCCAAAUUUGCGUAUCGAUCAAGUCGGCGUUCCACGUUCGAUUGCACAAAAUUUAACGUUCCCCGAACUCGUCACACCAUUCAACAUCGAUCGCAUGCAAGAGCUGGUUAAGCGUGGACAUUCACAAUAUCCCGGCGCCAAAUAUAUCGUUCGUGACAAUGGUGAACGUAUCGAUUUAAGAUUCCAUCCGAAACCCAGUGAUUUGCAUUUGCAAUGGGGCUACAAAGUUGAACGACAUUUGCGCGACGAUGAUUUGGUCAUUUUCAAUCGACAACCAACGCUGCACAAGAUGAGUAUGAUGGGUCACAGAGUCAAAGUGUUGCCUUGGUCAACCUUUCGAAUGAACCUCAGUUGUACAUCGCCUUACAAUGCCGAUUUCGACGGUGACGAAAUGAACUUGCACGUGCCACAAUCGAUGGAAACGCGUGCCGAAGUGGAAAAUAUUCACAUAACACCGCGCCAAAUUAUCACACCGCAAGCAAACAAACCGGUUAUGGGUAUUGUGCAAGAUACAUUGACCGCAGUACGAAAAAUGACCAAACGUGAUGUUUUCAUUGAGAAGGAGCAAAUGAUGAAUUUGCUCAUGUUUUUGCCAACUUGGGACGGUAAAAUGCCACAACCAUGUAUUUUAAAACCAAAGCCACUAUGGACCGGAAAGCAAUUGUUCACCCUCAUUAUUCCCGGCAAUGUGAACCUGAUUCGAACCCAUUCAACACAUCCAGACGAAGAGGAUGACGGGCCAUACAAAUGGAUCUCGCCCGGUGACACAAAGGUCAUGGUCGAACACAGUGAAUUGAUUAUGGGCAUUUUAUGUAAGAAAACACUGGGAACAUCGGCUGGUUCACUGUUGCACAUUGUGUUCCUUGAAUUGGGCCACGAGAUAGCCGGUCGAUUCUACGGUAAUAUUCAGACAACGGUUAACAAUUGGUUGCUGUUGGAAGGUCACAGUAUGGGUAUUGGUGACACAAUUGCUGAUCCGCAGACAUAUCACGAAAUUCAACAGUCCAUUAGGAAAGCCAAAGAAGAUGUCAUUGGCGUUAUUCAAAAGGCUCACAACAUGGAAUUGGAACCCACACCCGGUAAUACGUUGCGUCAGACUUUCGAAAAUCAAGUAAAUCGUAUUUUGAACGAUGCUCGUGAUAAAACUGGUGGCUCUGCGAAGAAAUCAUUGACUGAAUACAAUAAUCUAAAGGCUAUGGUCGUUUCGGGUUCAAAAGGUUCCAACAUCAACAUUUCUCAAGUUAUUGCUUGUGUAGGUCAACAAAACGUUGAAGGUAAACGUAUUCCGUUCGGGUUCCGUAAGCGAACGUUGCCACAUUUCAUUAAAGACGAUUACGGUCCGGAUUCAAGAGGUUUCGUUGAAAAUUCAUAUCUGGCCGGUUUGACACCGUCUGAAUUCUAUUUCCACGCUAUGGGAGGUCGUGAAGGUCUUAUCGAUACUGCUGUAAAAACCGCCGAAACUGGUUAUAUCCAACGUCGUUUGAUCAAAGCUAUGGAGUCGGUGAUGGUAAACUACGAUGGAACCGUUCGUAAUUCGGUUGGACAAUUGAUUCAAUUGCGGUACGGUGAGGAUGGUCUGUGCGGUGAAACGGUCGAAUUCCAAAGUUUGCCGACGAUUAAAUUGUCGCACAAAACAUUUGAGAAACGUUUCAAAUUCGAUAUGUCCAAUGAACGUUACUUGCGACGCAUUUUCAAUGAGGAUGUUGUAAAAGAAUUGACGGAAUCGGGUUUCGUAAUCCAAGAGCUGGAAGGUGAAUGGGAUCAAUUGUGCCGUGAUCGUGAGGCAUUGCGUCAGAUUUUCCCAAGUGGUGAAUCAAAAGUCGUAUUGCCAUGCAAUUUACAGCGUAUGAUUUGGAAUGUACAGAAGAUUUUCCACAUUAACAAACGUGUGCCAACCGAUUUGAGUCCAAUCAAAGUGAUCAAUGGUGUCAAAGAAUUGCUACAAAAAUGUGUAAUUGUAGCGGGUAACGAUCGAAUUUCGAAGCAAGCCAAUGAAAAUGCAACAUUGCUGUUCCAGUGUUUGGUGCGUUCAACGCUGUGCACCAAAUAUGUGGCCGAAGAUCAUCGUUUGACCAGCGAAGCGUUUGAAUGGUUGGUGGGUGAAAUUGAAUCACGUUUCCAACAGGCUCAAGCCAACCCAGGUGAAAUGGUUGGCGCUUUGGCCGCUCAGUCACUCGGUGAACCGGCCACUCAGAUGACACUGAACACUUUCCAUUUUGCUGGUGUGUCAUCGAAGAACGUAACACUGGGUGUGCCUCGUUUAAAGGAAAUUAUCAACAUUUCAAAGAAACCGAAAGCUCCAUCGUUGACCGUUUUCUUGACCGGCGGUGCUGCACGUGAUGCUGAAAAAGCCAAAAAUGUACUGUGUCGCUUGGAACACACCACUUUGCGUAAGGUCACCGCAAACACGGCCAUCUACUAUGAUCCCGAUCCACAACGAACUGUUAUCGCCGAAGAUCAAGAAUUCGUUAACGUUUACUAUGAAAUGCCGGAUUUCGAUCCAACACGAAUUUCACCAUGGCUGUUGCGUAUUGAAUUGGAUCGCAAACGUAUGACUGAUAAGAAAUUGACCAUGGAACAGAUUGCGGAGAAGAUUAAUGCCGGUUUUGGUGAGGAUUUGAAUUGUAUCUUCAAUGAUGAUAACGCUGACAAAUUGGUACUACGUAUUCGUAUCAUGAACAGUGAAGACAGUAAAUUCCAAGACAAUGAAGAGGACACCGUUGAUAAAAUGGAAGACGAUAUGUUCUUGCGUUGCAUUGAAGCGAACAUGUUGUCCGAUAUGACACUGCAAGGUAUCGAAGCCAUUAGCAAAGUGUACAUGCAUUUGCCACAAACAGACAGUAAGAAACGGAUUUCAAUCACUGAAACCGGUGAAUUCAAGGCCAUUGGCGAAUGGCUAUUGGAAACGGACGGUACUUCAAUGAUGAAAGUAUUGAGCGAACGUGAUGUGGAUCCGGUUCGUACGUACAGUAACGAUAUUUGUGAGAUUUUCCAAGUGCUUGGAAUCGAAGCGGUGCGAAAAUCCGUUGAAAAAGAAAUGAAUGCCGUGUUGCAAUUCUACGGAUUGUACGUCAACUAUCGGCAUUUAGCCUUGUUGUGCGAUGUGAUGACGGCUAAGGGCCAUUUGAUGGCCAUCACACGUCACGGUAUCAAUCGACAAGAUACUGGUGCACUGAUGAGAUGCUCAUUCGAAGAAACGGUUGAUGUGCUCAUGGAUGCCGCGUCACACGCUGAAAACGAUCCAAUGAGAGGUGUGUCGGAAAAUAUUAUCAUGGGACAAUUGCCAAAAAUGGGCACCGGAUGUUUCGAUUUACUCUUGGAUGCCGAAAAGUGCAAGUUUGGUAUUGAAAUUCAAAGCACCAUGGGACCUGGACCAUUCGGCGCUACUGGCAUGUUCUUUGGCGCAGCUACGCCAUCGACUUUAAGCCCGGGAAGAACACCAUGGCUCACACAAACACCAUCACAUCCGGAAGCAUCGCCGAUGGGACCAACAAGUGGUAUGACUCCUGGUGGUCCAAGUUUUUCACCGUCUGGUGCAUCAGAUGCAUCUGGCCUGUCGCCUGGAUGGUCACCAUCACAUAUCGGAUCGCCCGGCUCCCCAAGCAAUCCAGCUAUGUCACCAUACGGAUACAAUUCACCAAGUGCAUCGCCAGCUUAUUCGCCAUCGAGUCCAAACUAUCAAUCGCCUGGAUCGAUAUCGAAUUAUUCACCAAACAGCCCGAACUAUUCACCAACAUCACCGGCAUAUGGUUCGGCCAGUCCAAGUUAUUCGUUGACAAGCCCAAAUCCGGCUUCACCACACCACUAUUCGCCAGUGAGCCCAACAUAUUCACCAGCUUCCAUGAAUUCGUACUCGGUCAGCUCACAUCCUUCGAUGAGCCCAUCAUUCAAUCAACAAAGCUCAUACUCACCGCUAUCACCGCAACAAUACACACCGACAUCGCCAUCGUACAGUCCCACAUCGCCGAGCUACAGUCCAACGUCUCCACGUUAUUCUCCGACGAGCCCUUCAUACAGCCCUUCAUCUCCAUCAUACAGUCCCUCGUCGCCAAGCUACUCGCCAUCGAGUCCAAGCUACAGCCCGACGUCACCAAACUAUUCGCCGACGUCACCGAACUACUUUUCACCUGCAACAAACACUCCAGGAUCUGGCAGCACUGGCUACAGCCCAUCAGCAAUGUCACAAAACACAUUGUCAUAUUCGCCAACAAGUCCCAAUUAUACGCCUGCAACACCAUCGUAUGUGCCUGCUUCACCCAACUAUCUUCCAUCAUCUCCAGGUUAUAGUCCAGCUUCACCAACUUAUUCGCCUGCCAGUCCUUCUAACUACAGCCCAUCAUCGCCGCGGUAUUCUCCAUCCAGUCCAAACUAUAGCCCAACUUCGCCGAAUUACUCACCAACUAGUCCAAAUUACUUCUCUCCAGCUACAAAUACUCCAGGUUCUAGCAGUACUGGCUAUAGUCCAUCGGCAAUGUCUCAAAAUACACCAUACACACCGACCAGCCCAACAAAUACCUACAGCCCAACAAGUCCAUAAACACAUUUCAGGCUGAUUCGAAGCCAUUGUUAGUGAAAAUUGUUGAUUGAAUCAAAUAAAAUUGAAAUAAAUGGCAAUACAAAUAGAAAUUGUAGCCAGCAAAAGUGCACACAAGAAAAAGAAGCAACAAAAAAUAAAAUCAUCAGAAACAAAAAUUGGUUUUAAUAUUCAAUUUAGAAUGUUGCCAAUUUUUCACCAGAAAAAUAGAAUCUUUUUAAAGAGUAUAGAUUAAGUUAUUCAAAAGAAUAUGAAAUGAGAAAGAAUGAAUAUGAGCAACUUCUUUAUCGAUUAUUGGUUAUCAGAUGAAAAACUACCCAGCGGAAGCACACAAGAAGACCUUUUUAAAAAUGUUACUAUGUUAUUUCAGCGUUUGAAGCAAAAAAAGAAUAAAAAAAAACCAGAAGAAUAUGAUAAGGAAAAA